AUGGACCAGCGAUACAUAUCGAACAACCUCCCACCCCAGACCCUGGGCUCCGCCCCUGAAGAGCUCCUACCCUACACCUUGGAACUGGUUCUCAAGUACACCCCUCCGCUCCCAGCCUAUACAGAGCAGCAUCUUGGUGGCCUCUUCACUGGUUAUACCGGCCUGGCAUAUCUCUUCCUUCAGCUCUCGGCCACACACCCUGACUUACAGGUCUCUGGCCAUGAUCUGAUGUAUUGGGUACGCCAGUAUCUCGCUGGAGAUCGGGGCACCUUGGUCAUGGAGGGGAAAUGUGGCAUCGGUUCCGAAAAGCUUGCCUUUGAAGCUGUACAAGCCUGCGUCACGAAGGACAAAGAUGAUGUGAUACAGUUUCUUUCUAACUUGCCCAGACUGCUGGGCCCGUAUCCUACACCUCAAGAUGACCCAUUUCCUUCGGAGGUAGCCCAUGGACGAGCCGGUACACUCUACCUCUUGCGUAUGAUCAAACAUUGGGUUCCCGAAUGCGCGGAACUCAUAGAAUCCCCCCUCAAGCGUCUCACAGAGAGAAUCAUGAACACAGAUGACGAUGGCCGCGGAAAUUGGGAAUGGCGCGGGAGGCGAUACUUUGGCGCUGGUCAUGGAGACAUCGGUAUCAUUACGCAACUCAUCCUCUCAGAUCCUUCCUUGGCUCCUCAACUAUCUUCUCGCCUCGAAAGGCUUCUUGAGCUACAGACACCGGACGGCAACUGGCCCGAUGGGGCGCGGAGCCUCAAAGAAGGCAGAGCCCCUUACCUUGUGCAGUGGUGCCACGGCGCUCCUGGGUUCAUUUAUUCACUCUUAUCAAUGCGCCCCUAUUUUCCUGCUCUGCAGGACCAAAUAGACACAGCCAUCGAAAAGGGGCAAGACCUGAUCUGGCGCCAUGGCCUUCUCACAAAAGAGCCCAGCCUGUGUCACGGAAUCUUUGGUAAUGCGCUGGUGCUCCCUAGGGGGCCUUGGAGAGAACACUUCCUUGCCCUAGCUACCGCCGACGCGGUAGAUAAGGUGAAGCGUCAUGACCCGCAUCUCUUCGAGCCAGCGGCCUACGGCAAGAAAUCAGCUGUGCUGCUGAAUUAUCUGCCGAGUGCGGCAUGGACAUGGGCUGUCUGUGAGCAGGAGACUCCUCGGCUCAUCAUGUACAACGACCUCUGA